GGAAAGUGCUGUGUCUGUAAGCACCAAAGGUCAAGGUGGAGAAGAAGCAGCUUAGCUCACACAGCUUCUUCACUGUCAUCUCUCAAUCUCUCUAACCUCUCUUCAAACUUCAAAAAUAAUCCAUUUCUGGCUUGAAGCAUCCUUUUCCUGGUUCAGAUUUUGGAAGCUUUGCUGGGCAACAAUGAAGGGAGUGAAAGGAAAGUUCCUGAAGAAGUUGAAGUCAAUCCGGCCUGUUGGGUAUUUGAAGCCACAAGAUCGAAUUCUUCAGGUAAGUGCGUCAGAUGGGUAUGUAGUUUCUUAUGCCAAGAGCUCAGAUCUCAACGUUUUGACCGAGCAAGAGCCUGAUGUUAUUGACGUCACUGAGCUUAUGAAAGACCUUGAAGAUGAAGAAUCAGGGCCUGAGGAUGAUUUGGACGACAAGGAAAACAUCCGGCCAAAAAUGAAGGCAAAAAACUCAAUGGCAUUCAAGGAAAAUUUGAUGGUAACAGAGCACAAUUUGGGGGAAAACAGAGCUCUUGAAGCUUCAGAAGAAUCGUUGCCCGGGCCGGAUCGUGGUAGACAAAUCCCUUUGUCGGAGAUUGAUAUCUCAUCUUUUCGCAGACCGGACUUAGACUCCGGUAGCCUCUUUGACCCGAACCUACUCGCAGCCUUUCAGCAAGCCGUGAUGGAAUAUAUGAAGUCGAGUGAAGCAGAGAGAAUAUCAAGAAGAAGUGAAAAACAGAAUCUUGAAUCCAAUGUAGUUGAGCCAGAGCCGGAGCCGCCUUCAAAUGAAGAACCUCUAUUACGCUUCGAGGAGAAGUGUGUGCCUGGGAGUUCGGAUUCAUCAGUAAUUCUGUACACAACAACCCUUCGAGGUAUUCGAAAGACCUUCGACGACUGCAACAGCGUUCGGUUUCUUUUAGAGAGCUUUCGGGUGGUGUUUUACGAGCGGGAUGUGUCUAUGCACAUGGAAUUCAGAGAAGAGCUGUGGCAAGUUUUGGACUGCAAAGCAGUGCCUCCUAAGCUUUUCAUAAAGGGGAGAUAUAUUGGGGGAGCAGAGGAGGUUUUGACGCUUCAUGAGCAAGGAAAGCUUAAGCCACUCUUCCAUGGAGUCCCGAUCGAUCGGUCUAUUGGCCCGUGCGAAGCUUGUGAUGGAGUUCGAUUUGUGGUUUGUUUUAAAUGCAGUGGCAGCUGCAAAGUGAUUGGCCAAGAGGGCCAGUCAGACAAGUGCUCGGUGUGCAAUGAAAAUGGGUUGAUUAUAUGUCCCUUGUGUUGCUAACUUGCUGAAGAAAGAAGCUUGUUUCUGUGAUUCUUGUUGUGGCGCCUUGUACUGAGUAUCUUAAUAUUUUGAUUCUUUUUAGAACAUUAUGUAUCAUAUUCUUUGGAUUCUUUUUAGAAAUUUAUGUAUCAUAUUCUUUUGAUUCUUUUUUGUGCUGGUUUGGAGAAUAAAUGAAGUGUCUGGCAAGGGAUUUGUGGAUU